UCUCCUCGCGUCGUUCGGGACAUGGCGGCCAGUGAUCUGAGAGACAACCUGCUGGGCGUCUCGUGGGUGGACAGCGGCUGGGUGCCCAUCCUAAACCCGGGCAACGUUCUUGACUACUUCUCAGAACGUAGCAACCCUUUUUAUGACCGAACAUGCAACAACGAGGUGGUCAAGAUGCAGAGGCUGACUCUGGACCAUCUGAAUCAGAUGGUUGGAGUGGAGUAUAUACUGCUUCACGCUCAGGAGCCCAUCCUCUACAUCAUCAGAAAACAGCAGAGACAGUCGCCCACACAAGUCGUCCCCCUGGCUGAUUAUUACAUUAUCGCUGGUGUGGUUUAUCAGGCCCCAGACCUCGGCUCAGUCAUCAGCUCCAGAGUGCUGUCAGCUGUGCACGGUAUCCAGUCGGCGUUCGAUGAGGCCAUGUCCUUCUGCCGUUAUCACCCGUCCAAAGGCUACUGGUGGCAUUUUAAAGACCAGGAGGAACGAGAGAAAGUAAAGCCCAAAUCUAAGAAGAAAGAAGAGCCCAGUUCUCUGUUCCAGAGGCAGAGAGUGGACGCGUUACUGCUGGACCUGCGAAACAAAUUCCCACCGAUGUUCUACCAGCCCAAACCUGGAGAGAAGCCCGUUCCUGUGGAGGUGAAGAAAGAGCCCGAGCUGCCGGCAGAAGUGACUAAACAGGAGGAGCGAGAGGCGGCCACUAAAACUCCGGCACCGUCGGGACCCAGCAAGCCUCCCCCUGAGAAACGAGCGCGGCUUCAGUAACACACACUUACACACCUGGACCGCUGCAGACGACGCUGGACUCCUGCAUGAUGGACACGCGCGCUGGAACAGAUGUGGACUCUGACAGCAGACUGAGUUCUGAACUGUAACAAGCAGCUUCAACCUUUCUGGCAAAGUCUGUGUACAUACAUCCACACAUACACACACACACACACACACACACACACACACA